AUGAACAAGCAUACUCGCCAGUUCUCCAAGCAGGAAUUUGAUAUCGAAAAUCCAGCAGACCCCAGAGAAGAUAGCGCCUUGAUGUCCGGAAACGAAGACACCAAGGAAUUACUGGUGGUUGUCAAACGUGGUGCCGGAGCUCAUACAAGGGAACAGGCUAGGAUGUUCAAAGACCUUGAUCACUGGACAUAUGAUGCCUCUUGGGAAGAGAUCCGUCACUUGUGCUCUAAUUUCGCAUAUGAAGAAGCGCAAUGGAGAGAAGUUACCAGCACGACCAAGCCCUCCGCAAUAUCCUUUCCGCAUACCCCCAAGAUCUGGGGUCCUUCAGGCAUGAAGCUGCUCCCCUACCGCUCCUACAGCAAUAUGUUUGACGGAUGGCUAGUUUGA